GAGAGAGAGCAUCAAGUCACCAGAAUAGGCUCCACCAUCCACAUAGCCUACUGUGAGGCACAAGUGCAAGUACAAGGAGACUAUAUUCCUCUCUAAUCAUGGAUGGGACAAAGCCGGUCAUGGAGUCCACCGCGGAGGAGACUCAGGACGAGGGACAGGAGAGCAAAGGAUGCUUCGAGUGCUGCAUCAAGUGUCUGGGCGGGGUGCCCUACGCCUCGCUGGUGGCCACCAUCCUCUGCUUCUCAGGUGUGGCUCUGUUUUGUGGCUGCGGCCACGUGGCGCUGACUGGGACCCUGACCAUGCUAGAGAACCACUUCUCUAGGGUCACCAGCGACCACGAAACCCUCACCGUGGUAAUCCAGAUCUUUCAGUACAUCAUCUAUGGAAUUGCUUCCUUCUUCUUUGUCUACGCUAUUGUCCUGUUGGCUGAGGGUUUCUACACCACCAGCACCAUCAAGAAGGAGCUGCAGAGCGACUUCAAGACCACCGUCUGUGGACGCUGCAUCACUGCCUUCUUCAUGUUCCUGACCUACAUCCUCGCUCUGGCCUUCUUUGCCAUCUUCGGCUUCACGGCGAUCCCCGUUUUCCUGUUCUUCAACAUGUGGAAUACCUGUGCUGCCAUGAAGGCUCCUGACGCCAACAUCACCUCUCCUGAUUCCAUCUGCGUGGAUGUCAGGCAGUAUGGUGUAAUUCCCUGGAACGCCACACCAGGAAAAGCUUGCGGAGCCACACUGGGCGACAUCUGUAACACCAACGAGUUCUACCUGUCGUACCACCUCUACAUCGUGGCGUUGGCCGGCGCCGGCGCUACCCUCAUCGCAUUGGUCCACUACCUGAUGAUUUUGGCAGCCAACUGGGCCUAUCUGAAGAGCGCCGUCUCCACGCACGAGUACCAAGACAUCAAGACCAAGGAUGACCAGGAUCUGGAGGCUGAGGCGCGCUCCAAGGAUGGCCAGAACUCCUCCUCCUACUCAUAAGGACAGGAGACAAUCUUCCACCACCAUCCAUCUCCUCUCCAGACCUCGACCCCCAUCCCCCCCGCCCACCUCGCAACACCCAGUGCCCACCCUUCCCUCAGUAAAAAAAAAAAAAAAACAAACCACCUCGGUCAUGUUUGAAACUCCUGAAUCUCCAUCCUCUUCCCGAUGUUUAUUAGGGGUUGUGGGCGCCUGCUCGCACCAGAGGGGAAGAGAAUAGAGGGUCAGGAGAACGGGCAGGCCCAGACGGAGGUGGGUGCUUCAGAACGUGAGAGCUUGUCCGUCGGGGUCGAGCUCAGGUACGGCACAUCGGUUCAGAAGCGUCUCCUCCCCCGUGCUUUCGGGCGCCAGCUUGUGAACGUGGCCCGGCUGUGAUGGCCUCGCGCCCUGAGCCAGCUCAGCCUCUCAACACACAGCUCCAAACAGCCUAAAAACAUUGUUCACUGUCUGCUUCAUCCACAGGGAAGCCAGGCAGCGACCAACUUCCUCCUUUUUUUUGGUGUUUUAUAUGCAUAUAUAUAUGAAUAUGAAUAUAUUGUGCGAAUGUGUACGAAUGUUGUUGUUUUUUUUAAUACUCUGAGAAGUAUGCCAGGUAUUAUGAUCUUUGUUCUUCUUCUUUACGUUUUGCGCUCAUAUAUUUUUUUCCUCCUUUACUUUUUUUUCUCCAUCUUUAACUUUUAUUGCAAAUGCUUGAUACAUUGUUGCACUAUUUAACAAACAAAUAGGAUAAAGGUGAUUCAAAAUCCCUUAAAAACACAAACCACCCCGACCCCAUCCCUCAUAUAGAUACCUAAAAGAAUCUCAGUUCACAUGGUAUCUCAACGAUUUCUGUGCAUUUACACAGAAUCGGUUUGUUUAAGCACCAAGGUUCUAACAGUUCAUUUAAGACCAGAUGGACAGCAUGCUUUUAUGAAAGGAAUAGUUCUGGGAAAGUGCUGAUUUACUUUCAUUUCAUCGGUUGGAGAAGAUAAUUAGCUCAUGUGAGGUGGGCAUGUGGUUAGCAUGAAGACUGGAAGCUGGAAAAAAAAAAAGAAGACACACUAGCGGGCUAGCUAAGAUUAGCGUUGGUACCAGGAAGCCAGCAAGCUCUUUUUAGAACUAUUCAAACAGUUUUCUGUGAAUUAAACUGAUAAGGAAAUACACUUAUUCACUGGUUUGGUAAGCUAGUUCUGUUUCUUUCAGCUAGCCACAAGGCUUUUUGGGCUAGGCUAGUUAGCUGGUGUCUUCCUGUUGCUAGCUGGUAGAUGACUGUUAGUCUGCUGGUCGGUUUUUUAGUUGGACUGGGCUUCUAAAUGUGUUUUGCCUCAGAUUUUGGCACCAGGGAUUGUGAUAUUUCAUCCUGUGUAAUGAUGAAUCAGGAAAGGUGUGUAGCUACAGCUUAUAGUGAUUUAGCUAAGUGAAACAGCAACAGUUUUAUCUGCGUGUUGAUUAAAGUAUCGAGAUAAAUUAUUAUACUCUUUAUUAUCUUAUUAACUUUAUAGCCAGCUGUUAUCAACUUGGUUUUUGCAGUGGUAUCGAACUUCUCAUCUGAUUCUUAACAAGAAAGUGAACCAGCACUCUUCCCAAUAUGUCAGACUAUCCUGUUUUAAGACCUUUACGAUUUUUGCUACACUCUUCACCAGCGGCAGCAGAAAUCAAAGAUAAAUCUGUCCGGGUCUUAAAAAGAGACACACACACCUCAGGUAUCAAACCAAAUCAGAUUUUCACCAGUUGUCUUCUUUUCCCAGGCCUCACCAUUUAAACUCUUACCAGACUGGUACGCUGUCCUGUGUGAAUUAUACCGUGAAAACCUGUUCAGUCAAUUCUUCCUUUAGAGAAUGAAGUUCACCUGUAAAUAGCCGAAUAACCCUAAAAAUAUUGAUCUACACCUCUCCCAAAACGAGGAGAACACAAUCAGUGUUUUGCCAUGCUCUUCUAUUCUUUCUUUUCCACAAAUAUAUGUAAAUGUACCCUUUGAGAUAUGUGUUUAGCACUCAAAUACUAGUUCUGCAUUUGAUAUAAUAAUUGUAAUGUAACAUCUUAAAUGAUAUGUUGUGAGAGGGAUACAGUGCAGUCAUGAUAUGAUAUGAUGGAUUGAGGUGCUUGUGACGUAUACAUUUUAAAAUACAAAAAAAAUAAAUAAAUACCAGGAAAUUGAUUUAUUAAUGUUUUAUCAGUUUUAGGCAGCUGAGCUUUUCUUGUGAUUCAGUAAUAAUUAUUUUAUGAAACACAUUUGUGCAAUGGUCGGCCAAAGUGACUUUGAGUUGACAAAAAACAGAGUCGCUUCUUCUUCUUUCUUUUUUCUUUCUUUUUUACUAUUAACGUCAUGCCUCUUACACGAGCCACAGAGACUGUUUUUGGAUGUUUACACUCCGAAUAAAACAUCAGGUCAGGAAUUUCAUACAUUGAUUUUAUAAACAGAUAUUGUUUAAUAAUCAUGAACUAUAUUCUAAAACCAGUUAGUUUGCCCUCAAAAAAACAAAUACCUAAUUUUUCGAUGAGAUGAAGCAUGUCAGUAUCGUCCAUGUGUGCAGCUGUCUAUUCUGUAUAAAAAAGGACUAUAUUGCCAUGUGUGUUAUGUUGAUAAAUAUACGUGCUUUGCCACCAGGUUGAUGUAAAGGCAAAUUUCAAUUUCCUAUAAGACGAUGCGUGUCAGGGUGUUGUCGUUUCCUCGUUAUUUGCAUGAAGGAGACAUGACUGUGUCUUUGCAGUUUUUCAGGUGAUGUGUAGUCAAAUGUACUGACAACUAUGGUAGGCGGUGUUUGCCCCCUUCCUCCCACUCUUUUCUAAAGAAAACUCCAUUGUACUUUGAUGGCAUUGUAGUCCCUGUAGGUGUUUCAUUAUGGUUUUAAUUUUUUAAGUUGGAAAUAGUUCUAUGACUCCUAUAUAGUGAUGAUUUUUGUAACCUUCUCUAGUAAAACCGAUAUUUUUUAUUAUCGUGA